AUGUUUAGAAGAUUCUUUUAUUGGUUACUGAUUUUCGAAAUAUUUAUCAAUUAAACUUCGUGCUGUGUUAGUUAGUGUACAAGUUGCAUAGGAGUUUGUUUUGCAUGCACUGGAGGCUAUUAUGUAAAGAACUUCAGUUGUUCUGCUUGCCAGAAGCCUUGCCAAAAUUGUAAUAACUCAGCCACUUCUUGUACAAGUUGUGUAGAUGCAUCUCAUUAAUCAACUCCUUCAUGUAAUUGUCAAUCUGGUAUGGGUAUGGAUACUACCACAUAUAUGUGUUUUAAUUGUUCAAGCAAUUGUGAUACAUGUACAUCAGGAACUGUUUGCACUUUAUGCUAUGAUGGGUACUAUUUGAAUGCUAAUGCUUGUUCACCUUGUACCAAGCCUUGUUAAAGUUGUUCAUCAAGUAGUACUAAUUGCUCCACUUGUGUUGAUACUACUAAUCAAGUCACUCCCACAUGUGCAUGUAAAGAAGCUUAAAUAUUGAAUACUUCAAGUUACCUAUGUGACAGUUGUCCUAGUAAUUGCAAAGUUUGUAGUUCAACAUCAGUAUGCACACAAUGUUAUGAUGGGUAUUUACUAAGUGCAACAGUUUGUAUACCUUGUACAAAACCUUGUGCAAAAUGCUCAUCAAGUGUCACAACAUGUGAUACUUGCGUUGAUACUUCUAAACAAUCACCUCCAUUAUGUAAUUGUACAUCUGGAUAUGUAAUUAAUACAACUAGUUAUUUAUGCGAUUAAUGCACUUUCCCUUGUGCUACAUGUUAAACUUCAGUAACUUAUUGCUUAACUUGUGCAGCUACUUACACCAAAAAUACUAGUACAUGUUCAUGUUAAAAUAAUUAAUUUGAAUUAAGUGGUACUCCGAAAACAUGUUAAUUAUGCACAAGUCCAUGUUAGACCUGUUCCACAUCGGCUACUAAUUGCAAUUCUUGUGUAGCAGGGUUAAACAGACAUUUGGUUGGCAAUUAAUGUAAUUGUGAUGAUGGUUAUUAUGAGAAUGUUGUCUGUCAACCUUGUGUAAAACCAUGCAUUAAUUGUACUUCAGCUUCAAAUUGUACAUCAUGCAAUGAUCCAACCCAUCAAUCUGGAUCCUCGUGUUCCUGCUAAUAAACAUUUUAUAUGGAUUCCUCAUUUGUGUGUCGAAGUUGCGUUAGUCCUUGUUUAAAUUGCAAUUCACCUACUGUUUGUACAUCUUGUGUAGACAAUUACUACCUAUCAGGAAAUACUUGCAUUCAAUGUACUUUACCUUGUUACAACUGUGUUGAUUUGGCUUCUAAAUGCACAACAUGUGCUUACCAGAAUUAAUCAGUAUCUAAUAAUGCAUGUGUAUGUGACAAUGGCUAUUAUAUGGAUGGUUCCUUAUAAUGCUAACCCUGCAUCCAUCCAUGCAUUAAAUGCUAAACAAAUGGGAAUCAUUGUACAGAAUGUGCAUCAACAUAUAUAAUGAGCACUGUUAUUACAAAUACUUGUAAAUGUCCUACCCAAACUUAUGAAGUAGUAGCUCAUAACCCUACUGAUUGCCAAGCAUGUACAUAACCAUGUGAUACAUGUACUGGGUCAGCAGAUUAUUGCUUAACAUGCAUUGAUAUUCAUUAAACUGUGAAUGCAUCUCAUCAAUGUGUAUGCAAUAGUGGGUAUCUAAUGAGUGGAGUUAAUUGUGUAACUUGUGCAAAUCCUUGUUUGCAAUGUUCUGGAAGUACAACUUAUUGUACUCAAUGUAAAGAUGCAUAACAUUAAGUAACUACUGGAGCAUGUAUUUGCAAUCCUGGUUGGGUUAAUGAUAAUAAUUAUGAUUGUAUUACUUGUUAACUUCCUUGUGUUACAUGUUCAAUUAAUGAUACUCAUUGUGAAAGCUGUAAGGAUCCAAAUCAUGAGAUAAAUGCAUCUUAUUAAUGCAUUUGUAAAGAUACAUAUUACUCAGAUACUAUUGAUUCAUGUGCAAGUUGUACAUAACCGUGUGAUAAUUGUGAUAUUAAUGGAUGUUUAACAUGUAUUGAUAGUAAUUAAAUUAUUGAUUCCUCUUAAAAUUGUAUAUGUAAACCAGGCUAUUAUGCAGUUAGCGUUAAUUGUUCUUAAUGCUCAUUGCCAUGUUAAACUUGUGAUAUCAAUUAGGACCAUUGUUUAACUUGUGUUGAUGUAAACCAAACUUUAAUCAGUCAUUAAUGUAUCUGCAAUGAUGGAUAUUUUGAAGUUUCAAAUUAUUGCUAAUAAUGUUAACUUCCAUGCACUAAAUGUGAAAUUUCAAAUGAUCGUUGUCUAGAAUGUCUAGACCCUAAUCAUGACUUGAUAGACCACAAAUGUGUAUGCAAAUUUGGAUAUGGGUCAUCUGGAAAUGGAGGAAUAAAUUGCUCAUUUUGCUAAUAUCCAUGUCUUGAUUGUUCAACUAGUGUAAAUACUUGUCUUUCUUGUUUGGAUAGCAGUUUAUUUCAUCUCUAAGAUAAUAAAUGUUUAUGUUAAGAAGGUUAUUUUUCAAUGGAAACCCAAUGUAAGAGAUGUUCACCUUAAUGUCUCACCUGCACUGAUGAAUCGGAAAUAUGCCUAAAAUGUUCAGAUCUUAAUCAUGAUUUUAUGUAAAACAGUUGUAUUUGCAAAUUCGGCUAUUAUACAGACACAUAGAUGAAAUGUUCAAAAUGUUAACCACCUUGUGUAACAUGUGAUAUAAACUAUGAUUAUUGCACUUCUUGCCAUGAUGAUAAUUAAUCAAUUGUUGAUGGAUAAUGCUUAUGUGAUAAUGGAUAUUAUUUAUCUAAUUUAAAAUGUGCGAAAUGUAAUAAGAUAUGCACAAAAUGUAAUUCAUACUCUGAUUGCACAGAAUGUGCUGAUAAAUAUUAUUUGAGUGAUAGCUCUUGUUUGUAAUGCUAAAUACCAUGUAUAACUUGUUUGGAUAUCAGCACUUGUAUUUCAUGUGCUGAUAAUUACUUUAUGAAUUACUUAGGAGAAUGCAUAUAAUGCAUUUCUAAUUGUAAAUAGUGUCUAGAUACUACAAGUUGUAUCAUUUGCUAUGAUUAAUUCUAUUAUGAAAAUUCAUUGUGUAUUCCUUGUUAUGAUAAUUGUAAAUCAUGUGAAAACUCUUCUAAUUUUUGUACUUCUUGCAUUGAUAUUAAUCAUUAAUUGAUAGACAAUAAAUGUAUUUGUAGAGAUGGAUAUUAUGAAGAGAAUUAUGUUUGCAAACCUUGUGAUCCUACUUGUAAAACCUGUGUUAGUUUAAACUUUUGUAUUGAAUGUGGUGCUUGGAAUCACAUUGUAUUAUUGAAUAAUCUAUGUGUUUGUGAUGAUGGUUAUUAUCAGAGUCAUUUUAAAUGUGAUCAGUGUGAUAAAAGUUGUUUAACAUGUUCUUAAACCUCAAAUUAUUGUUUAAGUUGUAAUUCUUAGUUAAAUAGAAUACUAUUAAAAAAUGCAUGUGUUUGUCAGAAGGGCUAUUUUGAGAAUGAAAAAAAUGAGUGUUGGACAUGUAAUUCAAAUGAAGGCAAAAUAAUUAAAGAAUGUUAAUAUAAGGAUUGCUCUGAUUAUCUUUGGACUUAUGGAGAAGAUUGUGAUGAUGGCAACAAUAUUACUAGAGAUGGAUGUUCAAAUUGCAAAGUAGAUACUAAUUACUCCUGUAUAAAUACUUUGCUUGAACCCUCUUUAUGCUUUUAGUGCAGUGAAAAUUGUAUAGAAUGCUAAUUGAAUGAAAUCUAAAAGUUAUCAGAAUGUAUUAAAUGUAAAGAUGGCUUUUUUAUAUUAUAAUCAAAAUGUGCCAAAUGUGCUGAUAAAUGUUUAACUUGUGAUACUAGUGCUUCCAAUUGUAAAAGUUGCAGAUAUUUAAAAAAUGAUCUUGGAGAGUGUCAAUUAUGCGAAUCAAAAAUUGGUUAUUAUUCUGAUUAAAUUAAUAAUCAAUGUUAUUCCAAAUGCGGUGAUUCAUUUAAGGCUGUCACUGAAGAUUGUGAUGAUGGUAAUUUAUUAGCAGGUGAUGGAUGUGAUUAGAAUUGUAAAAAAGAAAAGAAAUUUGUUUGUAAAGAUGGUAUUUGUAUUACUCCUGAAUAUCCAAAACCACAACUAAUCAACACUGGAGAUACAUCAUUAUAUAAUAAUUAAAGAUCAUUUAAAUUGGAAUACAAUCUAUUAUUAAAUAUCACUCAAGAUAGUGGGGUUGAAAACGAAUUUGAUUUAUAUAUCAAAAAUGAAAUUGCCGAAAAUCCAAUCGAUUGCUAAUACCAAAAACAAUUAUUGUUUACCUUGAAUAAUUAAUCCAAAAUUGAAUUUUCAGUCAGUUUUGAUCUCUAAUUUAAUAGAAGCUCAAUAAAAGAACAACUGAUUAUCAAAUAUCGCAACAUUUCCAAAUUUAUUUCAUAUUAAGGCUACUCAUAAUAAGAACUUUAGGUUGUAGCAGCCAUUUCUGAUUAUAUGUUCAUAGAUUAAUCAUCUGUUGCUUAAGUCUAAAUGGCCACAAAUAGUAAUUAAUACGUCCUAUAUGUUAUGGCUGUCAUGGGUGGAGGAGCAAUACUAUUUGGGGGCAUAGACAUUUUUUAUAAUUUGUUGGAUACAAUUUAAAUGUUAUCAUAUUUAAAAUAUGUGAAUACUUAACUGCCUUUUAAUUUACAAGAAUUUUUUGAUUUUUUUGGUUUUGCUUAACUCAAUUUUAUUUCCAAAUAUUUGAAACUUUAAGAACUAAUUGAACCUUUUAUCAAUUAUUAAAAUCUAACACCCAUUCCUCAAAAAAUUGGAGAUGAUGAUUUAAAUUCUUUAUUUAUUAUUAAUGGAGCAUCCAUCUUAGCAGUCUGGCUAUCACUUCUAGGAAUUUAUGUCGUGUCUACAUUUGUACCAUAAAUAUUAUAAAAAUUUAAAUUUAAAUAUUACACCGAAAUUCCUGGUGGAGAAGACUUUACUAUUAAACUUAAGUUGAUGUUUUUAGCUGCAAAAAUAUUCAUCACAUAAUUAUGUUACAUCAUAGUUUCAGAAUUCUUUUAUAGCGGAAUAUUUAGAACACUAUUUGCUACAGCAUAUGAUUAUUCUUUCUCUAUGACUCUUUAGUUAUACGCAUUAGAAUUAUACUCACCAGACUUUCUGGUCAGAUUAAGUUCAUAUUUUGCUUUAGGAGCCUUAGGAAUCUAUUUAUUAGCUAUUUACAUUGUAACUUAAAUUAAUGGGAGCGCUUCAAUAUCUUAAGAAUAAUUUUCAAAUAAAUAGAAGUAUGGAUCAUUAAGUGAAGGAAUAAAAAAAGAUAAAUACAGCAAAUACUUUAAUGCGAUAGUUCUUGCCAAAAAACUAUUAUUUAUGCUUAUUCUAAUUUUUUGUUAUCCCUCUCCAUUUUUUCAGGCCAUUAAUUUAACUCUGUUGUCAAGUUUAUAAACAAUAUUUUUGAUUUUCUUUAAACCACUCGAAGAUGAUAAGGAAUAUAAAAAAUAAUUAUCCUGUGAAAUUAACACUGCAAGCUCUUUAUUAUUGAUUUCAAGUUUAGUCUUAGAUUAGGAAUUAAAAAUAUUUAGCGAUGAUUUGAGGACAAAAAUAGGUUGGUUUUGCAUUGCAAAUAUCAGUUUAAUUUUUGUAAUUCAAUUAAUAAUAGAUGCUAUUUAAUAAUGGAUUAUUUUGAUAAAAAAAUACAGAUAGCUCAAAAGACUUGUUGAAAAAAUAAAUCAAUUAUUUUACUCUCGCAUUCCUUAACAAACUAGCCAUGAUAUAUUUAUUCGAACAGAUAUUCAGAAUAACUGA